AUGGCUUCCCAAGCCCGCUCUUCUUUGCUAGGCCAAGGAGGCGCCAGCGCCGGUUCCGCGUAUUUGCCAAACGGCGCUGUGUCCUCCCCCUCCCUGGGUACUGAAGCGCGACCGCUGCUGCCCAACCAAGGGCGCGUUGUACAGACUGGUCCCAUCCGAGUUCUCUGUAUUGCAGACGUUCGAGAAAGUGCUAACCUGGGCUCAACAUUAGGAAACUUGAGAUCGUUGAACGAUCUUGCCAAGCAAGCACGUGCUGAUUAUAUCAUACAUACCGGUGAUUUCGGAUUUUAUGAUGACACGUCGCUGGAGAGGAUUGCCGAAAAAACCCUCAAACACGUUGCCCAAUAUUCGCCGCUCAUUUCCGAGCCUAUCAAAAAAGCUAUUGCACAGCCUGGCACUGGCUCGUCCGUGAAAUCUCGAUUCCCACCCCGCGAGCUUCCAUUGUCCGAACUGUCCCUCCUGCUAAAUGGCGAUUUGAAACUGGACGUACCAGUGUACACUGUUUGGGGGGCUUGUGAGGAUGUCCGAGUUCUCGAAAAAUUUCGCUCCCGUGAAUACAAGGUUCAUAACCUUCAUAUCAUUGACGAAGCUCAAUCGAUGCUUCUCGAGAUCGGGGGCGUGAAGCUCCGCCUCCUGGGCCUUGGUGGUGCUGUUGUCAUGCAUAAGCUUUUCGACAACGGCGAAGGCCGUACGACAAUUGCUGGUGGCCAAGGCACAAUGUGGACGACACUGCUUCAGAUGGGUGAGCUCGUGGACACCGCCAAUCGUGUUUACGAUCCGACUGAGACUCGUAUUUUCGUUACGCACGCAUCGCCCGCACGCGAAGGCAUUUUGAAUCAGUUGUCGGUGACUUUAAAGGCUGAUUUUUCUAUUUCGGCCGGCCUCCAUUUCCGCUAUGGUAGUUCGUACAACGAAUUCAGCGUUAAUCCGACUCUCGAUCAUUACCGCGGCAAGCUUGCAGCGAGCAAAGCUUCUUUCAACGAUGUCUGGGAAACGGUCAAAAGCGAGGUAGAGCCGGCUAUCCAGCAAAACGAAGCACAGCAAAACCUGCUGAAGAAUGCCCUUGGCAUCGUGGAAAAGAUGCCGACAACGGCAGCUGGCGGCAAUCCGUUCGGCGGAUCUGCUGCAGGCCCACCUGCCCUUGGACAGGUUGACGAAAGCGCAUUCAAAAACAUGUGGAAUUUUAACCUCGCGGAUGCUGCGUUUGGCUACCUUGCCCUGGAAAUACAAGACGGGCGCAUUGGUACGGAGAUGCGCGCCCAAGGCUUCAACUUCUCCCACCGCGGUAUGAAGCAGCAGGCGAACUCUUCCCAGCAGGCUCAGGCACCCGCAACAUCCACUGCCUCACCUCAGCCUUCGAGUGUGCUCCCACCUCCUCCCCAGGAUCAGCAAUCGUCUGUUUCGAUGUCGCAAAAGCUACCGGCUUCGCAAACGCAACAGCAGGUCCCAGUGUCUAUAUCUUUCUCUAGCAAAACUGCAACCACCUCCGUUUUAGGCUCUACGAAGCCCCCGGUGCCCCAGCUGUCUACACCUGCUCUUAAGGACAACGAAAAGCAUAUAUCUUCUGGGGCAUCAAACGGUAAUGUGGUAGGCUCAGAACCGACGCAAUCGCCCGUACCGAGAGCUCCGUCUACAGACGUGAUUGGGCUUUUUAUUAUGAAUGCGCAGUCUGACGACCAGACCAGGGAGCUGUUUGCGAGUGAGGAUUUGCAAAAGAUAGUGAAGAUUGAAAAAUAUGGGCAGACGAACAAAGUCGUCCAUUUUAAGACCUUGGGGGAUCGAGAUGAUGCGAUGGACCGAUUGCCAGAGGAAGCAAAACAUCGCACCACGGAGGAUCGUUCGAAGCCUCUGGUCAAGAUCUUUAUCCCAAGGGAGUCAAACAAAUCUUUCGGUCGUGACCGUGGUAGUGCUGGCACCUGGGGAAGCAGCAACAGAGGCGGUUCCCACACUGGUGGUUCUGGGCAGAGUGGCUACCGCAGUGCUGGCGGAGGCACAGGUACGGCGAGUGAUAGUGAAGGUGCCGGCCGCCGUGGUGGAAGCGGCCGAGGUGGGCGGGGAGCUGGGCGCAGUGGAGAAGGCCGUGGUCCGCGAGGCCGCGGAGGCCCAAGGGCUGCGGUGAAGGGUGACGGAGGCAAUGGGUCUUCAACUGCCACCCCGCCGGCACCUUCUGAUGCCUAA